AUGAAGCUCGUUGCAGUCCUCGCCACCGUCCUCAGCGUCGCAUCCGCCGUCGCCAUCCCAGCCGAGCUCCAGGAACGCCAAUGCAUUUUCAACGGACUUUCUUGUACACUACCUGAAGGCAACUCACAAUGCUGCAGCGGAAACUGCCACGGUAAGUAG